AAACCGCUGUUGAAGGACAGCAUAUGAAUUUGCUAGUGCUGUCAUUCCCUUUUCGUUCUGUUGCUGUUCUCCCUCGGGAAUCCAAGAUGGCGCAGCAGGUGGAGCUGAACGCGCUGAACCUUCAGCAGCUGGAAAUGCUGAAAAAUCAGCUGGAUCAGGAAACAGAGAUGUUUGCUGGCUCGCUGCAGUCCCUGAAGGCAGCUCAGCAGAAGUUUGUGGAAUCCCAGCAGAACCUAGACACCCUCACACCCAGUAAUCAAGGGAAGGAGAUCCUGGUACCUCUCACAAGCUCUAUGUAUGUACCAGGUCACCUGUCUGAUGUAAAAAGUGUCAUGGUGGACAUUGGCACGGGAUACUACGUGGAAAAGACAACAGAAGAAGCUAAAGCCUACUUCAAGAGGAAAAUUGAGUUCUGCACCCAACAGAUGGAGAAAAUACAGCCCUUACUUCAGGACAGGGCCAGCAAAAAACAAGCUGUCAUCGAUGUGAUGAGAGACAAGAUGAUUCAGAUGCAGAUGAUGCAGAUGCAACAAGCAGGCCAGCCAACAAGAGCAUAACCACCGUGUUAAACAGCUUUUAAAGUCUUUGCUACUCUCACGGACAGGAAUGGUUGCCUUUAGAAUACAUGUGUUCGUCUCUUCCUAACGUUGUCUUUUUUUAUUUUUUGUGAAGAUUUUUUAUUAGCCUUCAUGGUAUCAAACUAAGAAGUCCUAUGCAGUUAUUGUCAGCAGUUUGAAAGAAAAGGGUUUCCUUCAAGUUACUUGCAACUUUCUUGAAAUCAACAUUGUAGCCAAGUACAAUGCUCGUCAUCAGCUGAAUUGUGUUGACUCCCAUACAGUCUGACAAAGAAGAGAAAAAUUAAUAAGGAUGGAUAAGGGUUUUCAAAAUUAAAAUAGCAUUGCUUAUGCAUGCAUUGUUUUGAAAAGGGUCAUAAAAUUGUUGAUCAGAUUGCCAAUUUACAGUCAUUGCACAGGUGGUACCUAAGUAAGACAGCCUUAAAUGCUCUCAUAUGAAAAGAGUUUGUAUCCCUUACAAGAAAGCACUGUUGCACCUUUUGAUGUGAGAUAUUUUUAUAAGCUCUAAUUAAUUUUUUUCUAACUUCUUAUGCUUCUAUCAAGUGUUCAAUCUAAUUUGAAAGCAAUUGAAGACCAAAGCACAUCUGAAGCAGAUUUCAAGAAGCAGACUUCAUUUCCGCUUUAGCUUCAGAAGAUAGUCAGGUUGCCUCCAGGGAAGAUUUUCAUUACUCUGGCCCUGUGAACGUGUAAUUCAGUUGUCACUACCUCUAGGCUUUGCUUGUUGUAUCUAUGGUAACAACAAGACGUGUGGAAUUAAAAAUGCAUGAAGACAGUGAGGCUAACUGUGUUCCUUUAUGUAGUAAGGUCAGCUGCCAGUGUUGCUAAGAUUAAAACUAUGGCUACCAUC